AUGAUUACAUUUGUUUAUUUGGGCAUUCCCCUUGUCUUAAAACAUGUUAGAAAUCAUCAUCAUCAUCAUGUCAAGCCUAGAAACACCCAUUGGUGGCUGAUCUUGUUUCUGUUAUUUGGCACUAUUGAUCACUUGGUAUCUAGUUCAAGCAUUCCAACACACUCAAACUUCUUUCGAGCUGUGUCUAGGGGAAGACAAAGAGCAUUGGUUUUAGGGUGUGGAAGUGACCCGAAUUUCUGUUCCAAUCCUGAAAACAAUCCAUGGGGAGGUUCAGUGUGUUGUUUUGGGAAGUUUUGUAAGGAUGUUAAGUCUGAUGGCAACCAUUGUGGAGUUUGUGGACAUGUUUGUGGGUAUGAACUUGUUUGUUGUGAUGGGGAAUGUGUAGAUGUUAGAAAUGAUAAUCGGCAUUGUGGUGGUUGCUUUGAGGAGUGCCUUGGACAAGGUAGGUGCUCCUAUGCCAUGUGUGAUUAUGGUUGAUCGUUGAAUAAAAUUUUAUAUAUUUUCUGUUGUAUUCUUCCAUCCUUUUUAUGGUUGGUAAUAAAACUUCACAAAUUGGUUGCGUGAAGCCGUGAAUGGCUUGUGUUAUAAUUUUGGAACUGUAAAAAAUUGGGUCUUAACAAAUUUUAGCCUAUCGUUAUAAAUGAUUAAUGCGUAAAUGAUGG